AUGCCUUCCCCACAUGCCUCCUACGGCGGCCCCAGAGGCCGGCCUUCGGUUUCUGGCAAGACUGUUAAGGGUGCUGGUGUAGCUCACCAUGGCGGAAGAGGUAAAGACUCGAAGGGGUUGGGUAAAGGUCGUGGAUUUACGAGUAGGAGGCAUAGGUACGUCUUCCUGUCCUGGGGUUACGAGUGAAGCUUACUUUGGUGAUAGAAAGAUCGCCAAGGACAAUAUUCAGAGUAUUAGUAAGUUGUUUCGCGGCUUGGUGGUAAUGAUGAACUUAGAGAUUGAGUAUGGUUGCUAACGUGAUCUUUGGUCCAAUAGCCAAACCUGAUAUUCGGUAUGUGAUACCCCGCUUUACAACUCCAUGUCCUUCCAUGGUCUGUUUCCAAUUUACAAAGUUCUGAUCUAAUGACGAAUACAGUCGUCUCGCUCGCCGUGGAGGUGUCAAGCGUAUUUCCGCAGCGAUCUAUGAAGAAACAAGAGUGGCGCUGAAGGCAUACCUGGAGAAAGUACCGAUCCCUCCCUCCCUUUUACCAAAGUGCCCGUCUAAUCACCACAGAUUUUGUUGGAUAUCACCACCAUCGUCGACUACAAAAACAGAAAGACUGUUACCGUCGCAGAUGUCAGUCCUCCAUUCCCUUUUCCCAUAUAUCACAUCGAGAUCUUAAGCUGACCAAAAUACCAACUCCAGGUCGUCUUCUCACUCCGUCGCCAAGGUCGUCCAAUCUACGGCUUCGGCCAAGAUUGGGUCGACGAUCAGAAGCUGAAAGCUGCUCAGAAAAGCUCCCAAGCUCAAGCUCUCGAUUAAUUGUACACCCAUCCAAUUUUCUACUGGCGGGAUUUGAGAGUUGAGAUUUCUGCAUGAAUGUUAUGAAUAGGAGUUGAGCGGUACUAGUCGGCGUUCCCGGUCUGAUCUGAUUUAGUGUCUCUAUCACUUGCGGCGAAUUUUGAGGAGGGUUGGCGUACCGAUGGCGAAAUUGUGGCUUUCUGAUUUUGAGUUGGUGGAUGGAUGGAUGGAUGGAUGGAUGGAUUGUUAUGCUGAUGUUACUGUACUUUCUGGCAGGGAAAUGCUGGAUUGGCUGGCUGGCUGGAUGGAUGGAUACGAGUACAUGGUGGAAUGCUUAUGUAAAUGAAUUUCCUUUCAUAGUCGCGCGUGUGCGUACUGAUACGGACUAUUUCGCUGCUUGGCUUGCUGAUUGCGAGAGAGAAGAAAGGUAUUCGGUGUUCUUCUGGUGGUUAUUAGUUCUUGUUAUAGUAAUAACGAUGGGAUAGAUUAUAGGACAUUUUCGAAAGCGAUAGGAUUUACUUCGAGC